AAGAGCACGACGCGCAGCACCCACCAGCCCACCUCAAGUCGGGCGCGACGGCCGACUCGCACCGGCCUCGAGCGAGCGAACCCGUCAAGGUGCAGAACGACGAGCUGCGCAAGUUCAUCGAGCGCACCAAGAAGGAGCUCGAGAAGGAGCAGGACGAGGGGCGGCAUGGUGGGCGGCGAUGAGGGUGCGGGGUGAGCGCGAGGUGCGGGUCCGGGCGUCCUUGUUGUUCCACUUUCUUCCCUUGUUGCCACAGUACCGUUUCCUCUCUCUAUAUCUCUCGCCCUGCAACGACGCACGCGCUCCAUGAACAA